GUCUCUCAUGCCUGUGGAGAUAACAUUGCACGGGGUCUUAGUCUAGCAAAGCAUCCAAUCAGCCAGAGAUUAUUCAGCACCAACACCAGCAAAAGCGACAUCGUCUUCAAAAGUUGGGUUCCUUUAGCUAGAUUCUUGCUUUUCAAAUAUUAAAACUGUCAGAAGCGCAAAUUUUUUUCCCUUUCCUUCCAUUUCCUCUUUUGGAAAAUCGAAGCAAUAAGCUAGUAUUAUCGCUGGUUUCUUUCCCUUGGACUUUCUUUUACGCUGUGCUAGCGUUUGUGGUGAAAUGGGUCAUUUCUAUUGAUGGCAUUUAUGCUUCAGAGGCCGUCAUCCAAUGAGUAGUAUAUUCUUGCGCUCAAGUGCGCAUUUUUGGGGUUCUUCCUUUAUAUGUUAUGAGAAUUGAGAACGAGCUUUUUCUUGAGAAAUGCAGUGAGUUUAUUUUUUUGCUUGUGAAUCUCUCGCGCUGUGAAUUUUUUUUUCCCAUUUUAUUCUUUGAAAUGGGAUUUUAUUUUACUUGAAUGAGUUUAGGAAUGGACUGAGGAACGGAUUGGGAUUGGUUCUUUUUCCUGAAGUUCAGCUAUUUAGUAAUUGACUAUUGCUACAGGGAGUUUUAUAAUUCAGUGGAUUGUUAUUUAUGUCGGAGUAUCAAAUGCCGGGAACAUAGACAAGGGAAAAUACUCGAUUCGUUCAAUUGUUAUUGUGUUUCCAUUCUGUGGAAGCAGUUCCCAGUCUGCAACUCGCUAUUGGAUUUUAUAAUUUUAGGGCUUCACAUUCUUUAGUUUAGAAAUGGCUAUUUGUGUUGGAAGUAAUGGAAAUUGUAGUCCUGGGAUUUUUUCUGGCCGAAACUGGUAAAAAGAGGAAGAUAUUGUUGUGGAAUUUGGUAGUAUUUUUGUCUUUUCUGGGAUAGCAGAAAUGGAUUUAUGGGUUUUUGGAGCAGCUGCCGCUGCUGGAUACAUUGCUAAACAUUGGCAAUGUGUUUCAAGGGAUAGGAAUAGUUUAUUGGGGCAUGGGCCUUCCAAAUGUGAGAAAAAUGAAACCCCCAGCUGCCCCAUCCGGAGAUUGACUCGGAGAAGGAAGAUGGCAGAUAAUAUGUCUACACAUGAGAGAUUGUCGGAUAAGUACAAGAUAGAUGGCACUUCAGAACCAGAAGGUUCUUCUAGUGGUUAUGAGAACAAUGGACUUCCGUCGUCAAGGUUGCCACUUGGAUUGUCGACAGAUGAAAACCCGAGAGAAGGUGAGGGUGGUCGAGAGUUGAGUGGUGAUAUGGGUAAUAAUUCUUGUAGGCCUUGUACCGGUGAAGUAGAUACUUUUCAUGAUUCUACAAGGAAAACAAGCUCUCUUAGAACCAAACAUAUAUAUGGCCAUGUUAUUAAACCUUUAAGUUCCCUAGAAAGUUGCGUAAUGGCUCAUUUGUACAAGGAACACGCUAACAUGGAAGAGUAUGUGCUCAGUGUCUUUCCUUCAUCAUCUACAACUAUGAGGCCCCUGCUUGUAACUGAUGGAAACCAAACUAUUAACGGAGUGAAUGGUCAUUCUUCCAGUGCACAGAUCAGUGCUGAAAUUAACAGGCUGCAUAAAGAAGAAGAUGGGCGUGGGGUUCCACCCCUGCCAAAAAUCAGCAUGUUGGAUGUCCCCAAUAAGAUUAAAUCUAAGACAGGAAAUGAGCAUGAUAAAAGAUACAACAAUUUCCACAAAGCAGGCAGUGAAAGACACUUUGAGUCUCCAAAUGGGUCACCUGAUCAGACAAUUUUAUUUUGUCUGGGUGUUUGUGUUGGCAUAGCCUCUUCUCUCCUAGCUAAUAGAAGAGAAGUAGACAAAUUAAAAAAUUUGUUGAAGCAGACUGAGAACUUGGUUCAAGAUCUCCAAGAGGAACUUGAGAUGAAAGAUUCAUUGUCAGUGAAAGAGUUGGUUGAUGAGAACUAUGAAUCACAGGGUACAUGUGAGAACUCAUUUCAGUACAGGGCACUGAUUCCAGAUGUUUUUGUACAAAUCAUGGAUAGUUCAACAAACAAUGAUGGUAAAGAAUCACUUUAUGAGGAGGCUGAGGAAACUUCAGGAGACAUGAGUAAAAUUGAAGCUGAGCUUGAAGCUGAACUUGAGAGAUUGGCGCUAAACAUGAAUACAUCUAAUUUGGAGAGAAGAUUUUCUGACCUUGUUGAGCAUGACUCGGAUUUUGUAGCAGACUUUGCUCUAGGUGAACUACGUGCAGACAUUUUAAAUAGGCAAACUGUUGUCCAACCUGAAUCAGAUAGAGAUGCAAGUGGUUCCUCAGCAACUUACACUGGAAAUUAUACUGUUUCACCCCGAGAACUGAGCCUGCGUCUGCAUGAAGUUAUUCAAUCCAGACUUGAAGAGCGUGUGAAGAAGCUUGAAAUGGCACUUCAAGACACUGAGAGGAGGCUGCAACUUAGGGAAUCUGAGUGUAAUAAUAUUCCGAUUAAGCUGUCAAACAGUGAACUGAUAUACUCAUCUGGUGAAGACACUGAAGAAAUUUUAAAUUCUAUGGCCCAGCCUCUAGUUAUGAAUUUAUCAGGGGAAGCUCUUGAUGCUUACAAUGAAGCCUAUGAAGAGCUAAUGAAGAUAAAUGAGUCAGAAGAAGAUGAUUCACCAUCCGGGGUUUAUGAAAAUAACCUCCAGGGCAUACAUCCAUUUAGUGAAAGCAUGUUGUGGGGUCAAAAUGGAGCAACAAAUGGUUCCUCGACUCAUGUUACUUGCAACAAAGAAAGACCAUCAAGAGAAUCACACUUAAGUAAGUUAAGGGCAUCAAUAGAGCGUAAUCCAGGGAUUCAAGAAUUGCUUUAUGAUGGGGCAAGUGAAGAUGAAAAGAGUGAUUGCAAUGUUGAGAUAGAGAAGCAGCUGAUACAACAAAUUGUGGAGAAGACAAGGAGAGGUUCUCCCAUAGUGCUAAAUGCACAGAGGUGGUUGAUUUCCAUGGAUGAAAAUGAACGUUAAAAAUGAAAGUGAAACGAUAGAAAGUUUUGCAGUGUACAGACGCUAUCAGAAUGAUAUUUAUUCAUAGCUAUAACAUGUUCCAUCCCAUUCAUUUACUGCA